ACGGACUGCGUUGUCUCGUCCUGCGAUGUCCCUCUUCCGCGUGCUAUUGGCGGCGGCGUGCGUGCUGUCAGCCCCUGCCUGGGCUCAGCUCGUGUUCCCGGACAACAGCGAAGGCUCCAGCGCACCCCAAGACUCCACUCCCUCGGCCUCGCCUGCUGCCGAUGCCCCCGCCGGCCCUCAGGGUCAGACAAGGUUCUUCCCUGGUUUACUGGACAUCUUCGACCCCUGCCAACGCUGCUCCCCCAGAGACCCGGUCGAGGCAGGCCGCUGCUGCCAGUCCGGUAACCGACAAUGCUGCUCCUUCGUACAGCCUGGCGGCUUCGGUCCGGCGCCGUUCCCCCCGCCUUUUGGGGGCUUUCCAGGCCAGGCCGGUGGCUUCCCAGGUCAGCCAGGCGGCUUCAUAGGUCAGCCCGGUGGAUUUCCAGGUCAGCCCGGGGGUCCGAUCGUCGGGCCGCCCGGCUUCAACGGAGCGAAGCCCGGUGCCUGCCCCUUCGUCAACAACGCUCAGUCUGGCUUUAACAGGUUCGCCCAGUCCUCCUCGUGCGUCACCGAGUGCCAGAGCGACGCGCACUGCGCAGGCCUCCAGAAGUGCUGCGCUGUCGGCUGCUCCUCCAUCUGCAGGAAUCCCGCAGGAGCUGGCCCCGCAUCCCCCUUGAUCGUCCCGACGCCCACAUCCAAGGCCGGCUUCUGCCCGCGCCCCCUCGGCCCCCUGGGUGAGCUUGGCAGCCUGCUCGGCCUGCGCUCCGGUGCGGCCGGAGGCGCCGGAGCCACGCGCUCCCUCGCCGCCGGUGAGACCGAGGCUUCGGCUGCUGAGGGAAUAGCCGAGGGGUCCGACCGCAGGGAGGAGCGCCGCCAGACUCGCAAGGAGCGGCGGGAGAGGCAGAAGCGCUCUCCACAGGCCCGCGACAGGGACGACCGCCGGGAGCGCCGCCUGAACAGACAGGAGAGAACCCGCGGGCGCGUGACUCGCCAGGCGGAGCAGCCGGACCAGAGGUUCUUCUCCAAGAUCCCCAACAUCUUCUGCAGAGACGAGUGCUUCAACGACUUCGACUGCCUCGGGAACCUCAAGUGCUGCAUCAAGAACGACUGCCGAUCCUGCACAAGCCCCACUUUCUUCUAGACUUUUCUCUCUGUAUUUCCCUUUCCAUUUACUUCUCAGGAAUAUCGAUUUUAUCAAAGAUUUCUUGACACUGAGCACGAGUCUCUGCCCUCCUUGCCAUAGGUUUAUAGGAAGAUUUGAUUUUCUAUAACGAGCAAAAAAAAAGAUUCUUUGCUUUGUCACAUUCCUACAAAAGCUAUACACAUCCACAUUUUAUUUAAAGUUACCUUAUUUAUAUGAAUACCUAAACUUUAACUAAAAGUAACUAUUUCUG